AUGAUGACCAGUUUCGCAGAAGACAGGCCGAGUUGGGUUUCGCAGAAAUUGGCGGGGCGGGGUUUCGCAGAAAGAUAUCUGCGUGGGUGCGGGUCGGGAAUACCUGACUAUGGACCGCCGUGGCGUUUGCUAUACGGCGGUGAACCGGUGGGGAGUCGAGAAGAAAAUGCGGUGGGCGGGUUGAGCCGGCCUGAAGUUGGGGUUGGUAGUUACUACCAAGAUAUCUGGGACUGGCCACUUCGCCAAGAAGAAAAUGCGGCGCGGUGGUCGGGCCUGUUCCGUACCAGAGUUGGUUAUUAUCACCUUGAUAGUCUUGAGCUAGGCCCCCUCUACCGAGAAGAGUAA